AAUUAAAAAAGUCAUAUCAGAAGUUCUAUGGAUUUCCCAUCUCCACGAGCGCUCCCCAACUUCCUCCCCCCUUUCGACCAGAUAUCUCCGUACUCCGUAUCCCGUACCGAGACUGUACUAUUCAUCGCCUUACUUGACCCAUUGGGCCGUCUCAUGAAUCUCAACGGCGAGCUCGGAAGAUCUCAAUUUGUUUGAGAUCCCCUAAUUUCCCCAAACUUUUAUCUACCUAGACUCUAGACCACCCGCACCGCACCUAUCACCGGCACCAACCCCAUCAUCACUCCGUCUCUCGCCGGGCACCAGAACCAGCACCAGUGCUCAUAUUCAACGCACGCAGCACGCAGUAGCACUGGCAGGCAAGGCAGUCUUAGGUCUAGCUAAUCUCCAAUCAGUAGUAGUGCCCCGCCUCAACACCAUCACCAUCAUCAUCACCAUCUUUUCUGAUACGUCAAGUAUUGAGCCUGGCGUGCGAUACUCAAAACUCAACUCUGCCAGAUUCAGCCUCACCGUCCUGCUCUGCCGUCCUGUCCCUGACGGCGGGAUUGCCUUCUUUGGCGCUGCGUUGGUGUUGAUCACACUGCACUGCACAGCAGCUGCAGCAUUAUUAGAGGAACCACCGUGCGGUCCAAAUCUCCCUACGGCCCCUGAAUCCACUUCGAGCGGCGAUAAACUUUUAGAUCGUGCGGACCGUACCAGCCCAAUUCUCUUUUCCCUGGUUCAUACAAUCCAACAGAUCCAGUCAACACAACUUCAAGGUCAGAGAUAUCCAUCCUCAGCUCAGACUGUGCGAACUCGCAUGUCAUUCACUACGACAACGUCAACCAUUCGCUCCUUAUCUCGCGCCCAUAAACCAGCAACUCGCUGCUGCUGCGUGCCUGCGACCUAUAAUUAAAACGACCCAUUUCCCCCGAGCACCGAAUGCUUAAUACCUAGACCGUCAACGCAAACAUAUCCGCCAUGGUGGGCUUUUUCUCGAGAAAGAAGGGCAAGGACGGUCCUGCAAAGACGUCCAAGAAUAAAAAAGGGCAACAGCCAGAAGUCGAGGCUGCGCCGCCGCCACCUCGAUGGGAAGACGCGUGGACACGAACAAGCGUCGAUCCGGAGGAGGUACAAGAGCUGUUGAGAGGCUGUACAAUUGAAUUGAAGUCCAGAGGUACGAUGAGGAUGGAGAAGCGCUCUCGCUCCGAUUAUGCAUGGGACCAUUCCUAUGUUUGCUAGGGGUAACACAGGCUAAUCGUUCCUUUCAGCCCUUGAUAUGCCAUUUCUGCUGCUCCCCUUCCGACCAACAUCUAAUCCUAGCGCUGCGCGUACUUUCAUUCGAAAUUUCUUCGAUCGUGGCCAAUUAUAUGGCGACCUGCUCUUGCAGGAGUUGCGAUUAACAGAGCCAAUGGUGAAGUUCAAUGGCUGUUGGUAGAAAACAACGAAUACUAACAAAGAACAGGUUCUAUGCAGCGUCAUAAAAUGGUGUUGGAGUAGAUUACCUGGUGGAGUCGUCGGUUAUGAGGCAUAUGAAAUGUUCAAGGUUGGCGAAUAUGGUUGGUAAAAUCCUGUUGGUGGGAAAUAUUUGAGUACUAACUGAAUUUUGAAGAUUCCAACAUGGCUAGAGAUUCUUUUGCGAUUUUUAUACCCCUCAGUGUGGACACCGAUGCGCGUACUAAAAUUAUUUUUGAUUUCUUCGACCUCCUUGCAGCGAUUGCGGCACAUUCCAAGCUGAACGGAUUUGGUGGAAGAAAAUUGUCCAGAUUAGCAGGGUGGUGGGCUUUUGAGCAUAACGAUGGAGGCAAUGGAUUUGAAGGAGGCUACAAGAGUUGGCUACGGUAAAAUCACACCCCACAUGCUAUCAAAUCCUAAUAAUACUGACUUACGGAUAGUGCUGCUGACGCCUCAAGUCAUUUGUUCUUCGCAUAUCUACGCUCCUUGUCACCCGAAUCUGUAAAGGGCAUGAAUGGUAUUUCUAACCUCCCCAUGUCCCUUCAAAAGUUGGUCCAGGAGACAGAAUAUCCACCGCAACGGCCAUCGUUACUGCAAACGCGGACCACCAAGGUCAUUAUGAUUGUAGAUUCUGUAUCGCCAACACCAUUCGCUCUUUUGCGCCGAGCCAAUCACUUCGAAUACAGAGAUGACGACCGGGCGCUGCAAGAAUUCGCUGAAUACGAGGAUCCUGUGAAAGCACUUACUGAUGAGUGCCGCCGAGUCCUCAAAUCGAUUGCAUCGGCGAAUCAAUCACAAGCAUCAAAUGCAAAAGAGUCAACUGGGUUGCGUGAUGCGUCAUGGUCCAGAUUUGAAGAUAUUGGAUUUUCCGGCGGUCUUGAUGUUCAGGAUGAUGACGAUGAGAGUAGUUUUAUGAAGAAGCCACGCCAGCAAGGAUUAAGGACGACACCUCACCCAAGAAAUGCGGGAUUGAAUCGUCCGACUACCCCUUCUUGGGCGGAUUUCUUAUCCGUUGGGUUCGUUGACGAGUCGAAGAAUGGACCUGCUCCGUUGUUACUACCGCCAGACAAGAUCCUUCCCCCAAUCAAUACUCGUGGACACAGCUCACAAUCGGCGGCGCCUAGACUAGAAUCCAAUUCAAACCUUGAACCUGGUGAGUUGGCGAGUAUCAAUCGAUUCGAUUUAGAUGAUUCCUUCUGGUGGGUUUGGAUGAGCAGUUUGGCUGGUGAAGAAAGCUCGGUACGCAAAGCUGCCUUUGGGCGAUGUGCUCUAAUUGAAACCGUCAUUCGUGGAGGCAAAUGGCUCGUCAUGGAAGAAAUGGUCAAGGGAGCUGCACCGGAUCCAGCGGAAGGCGCAUAUAUCGCGGAGAAGAAGAGCUUUUGGAGUCGAAACAAGAAGACAAAAGCGGCCCGACGAAAAUCAACAGGCAAACAACCGCUGGAGCAGAACCCUGCACUGCAACCUAACCCGAUGAAUCAAAACGAAGGCACCAGCAAAAUUAGCAUUGGACCGGAUCAACAUGCACGUAUUCAGGCAGCGGCCAUCCAACUGCAACAAAGGCAACGUCUAAUGGAAGCUGAACAGCAACAAGGUAUUCGACGAGGACGAUUUGACAACGACAUGAUGUCACAAAAGACAGCAAGCGUAUUUACUUUGCAGCCUGUUAUUAUGAGCGAAGCUUCGCCCGCGAUGAAAUGGGCCAAUAAAUAUGACAAGGAUGCCAUUAGAGACGCAUAUCUGAAAAAUAGAGAUCACGGCCGCGGACUUGCUCAGGCAACCAUACAAAGGAACGGGGACAGUUUACGCGAAGUUUCCGAAUCAGAGACCUCGAGAGAAAGAAACCUUCCAGCUAUUCCUAGUUCAUCACAGGGUCCUGCUGUUCCUUCAAAGUCACCACCAUCCCCAGAACCAGUUGCUGCGGCACCACCAACUCCUCACCCACGUGAAGAGGAACAAGUUCAAGCAGAACAAGCAGCGGAUGUUGCUCUCCCACAAAGAAAUCGUACACCUGUCGGUGCUUCAACACAAUCCCCUAUGCCAACACCUCCAGCAACUCGCGUUGAGCAAAGUAUGGAUAGUGUCAGACCCUCCAUGGACCACGGUGGUUCAAGCCCUGAGAGCAAGAAGCACAACAAGUUGGAGAAGAAAAAGAAGGACGCUGCUGGCGGCGGAGGUGGUUUCAGAAAGAUAUUUGGUCGCAACAAAAAAGAGAGCAAGCCACCAUCUGCCUCUCAGAAUGGAAACAACCAAGCCAGUGCCAGUGCCAGUCUUCAAGCACCAACAUCAGGUGGCGGACUUGGAAGAAGGUUAUCAAACAUGCGUAAGAAGCCAGCGGUAAUCUCCGCCCCAAUACCAAUAGCUCCUGUCAGUCAACAGCAACCUUCGGACGAUGACAUUACACCAGUUGCAUCUCCUCAUCCUGAGCAACAGCAGCAGCAAUUUGAGAGAGCUUAUGAACCAUCUGUUGAUACCAACGAUGAACAAGAGGCCCACCAGGCAUUCUCCAAAUUUGAUCAAGGGCCAAUGGACGAUGUUCCAGCUCUUAUUCCUGAGGAAUCUCCAAAGACUAGCCUGGACGAGGUCGCUCCUCCUCCAGUCCCCGGAUCACGUGAUUCCGAUGAUAAUUCUAUGCCACUGACCAAAGAGACCUCGCCUCAACCAGAUAGAUGGGCUCAAAUUAGAAAGAAUGCAGCAGACCGAGCAGCCGCUCGACAAAGUGAGGAGCAAAGCCGAGGUGGAUACAGCCAGAAGACUGAUGGAGACGAUGGAGAGACCAGUGGAGAAGAGAGUAAGUCGAAUUGAUUCCCUCUAAAUUUGGAUACUAACACACAAUAGCAAUCGAGUCACGAGUAGCCAGAAUCAAGGCUCGUGUGGCCGAGCUCACCGGCAACAUGGAGCAAGGUGCAGGAAGUCCUACCACUCCACCUGUCCGCAGUGCAAGAUACUAGAAAUCGAAUCCGCAAACCUAGACACCACAACACUCAAAAUCUUGUUCCACCAUCUUGAGGAUUCAUCCUUUCUCGACGACCUCGAAACAACCUAUGUUUAUUUUUCCGAUUUUUUUCCUGGAAACUAACAAAAAUGCCAUCAUCUUGUACUUUGCUAUUGUAUGUCUGGCUUUGCGAGAGUUGCAUUGGCGCAGGAUGCUAUUUUGUUUUUGUUUUUUCCGCUUGUUCUUUUUUAUUUAAUUCCACGUAGACUACGUUUGUUUACGCGCUUCUUCUUGAGAUACCAAAUACAGAUUGCUAGCGAUCUUUCUUCUUUGGCUUCGGGCUUCUUUUGUUUUUAUGUUCUUUCCGAGUUACAGUGGGGGGCAGAGAUGGAGAAUCAAGUGGUGAGGGGGAAGAAUUGUAGGAGAUGAUGAUUCGAAGAAUGGAUGGGAAAGACGAGGAUGGAUCAUCAAUUUCCUUACUCCAUUGCGAGUUCAAUGGAUGGGAGCGCGAGCAGAGAAGAGAGGUCGUACAUUUAGAUACCAUUGGUGCUGCUGCCCUAUUUCGUGUUGUAUUUCUUGAUGGGGGUUGUGGGGUGGUAAUGGGAUGAAUCUAUGUUGAUUUUAGAUUG